AUGGAGCUUAAAAACAACUGUCAAGUUCUUACUUUUGAUCAAGUUAAUCGACUUCACAACGUUCUCAAUCAAACCGUGUUCAUUCACGGCCGAGGAAAUUUUCCUACACUCGAGGUGCCUCUGAAAGACUUGGUAGAGACAGUGACAGCAGGUCUAAAGGACGAAGGAUUGAAAGUGCGAGACCUACGAUUGAAUGGAAGCACUGCCAGUAAUAUUCUAAGCCGAGAGGCUAACUGUUCCUACAACGAUAUCGAUCUGAUCUUUGGUGUGGAGAUUCGCUCGAAUUCCCACUUGCAGCAAAUUAAGUGUGUCGUAUUGAACUCGCUUCUCAACUUCUUCCCCAGCGGCGUUUCGAAGGAACGAAUGAAUAGCUGCACUCUCAAGGAAGCUUAUGUCCACAAAAUGGUCAAAGUCUCCACUGACAACGAUCGAUGGUCGCUCAUUUCUCUCUGGAACAACGAGGGCAAGAAUGUCGAACUUAAAUUUGUCGACUCGAUGCGUAGGCAGUUCGAGUUUUCGGUUGAUUCGUUUCAGAUUAUCCUCGAUUCGUUGCUUGGCUUCUACAAGCUGUCACCAGUGCCGAUGAAGCCAAAUUUUUUCCCCACAGUUGUGGCCGAGUCAGUCUACGGGGAUAUCAAAGUUGCUCUCUAUCAUUUAGACAACAAACUGAUCGCUACCCGUAACCCAGAGGAAAUCCGCGGAGGCGGUCUUCUGAAGUACUGCAAUCUUUUGGUGCGAAAUUAUCAGCCUGAAAACUUCGAAGAAAUCAAGGUGCUCGAAAGAUACAUGUGCAGUCGCUUCUUCAUCGAUUUCAACGAUCUUCAUCAACAGCAGCAGAAAUUGGAGAGCUACUUAGCGAAUCACUUCAUCGCGGACGAACGCGGUCAAUAUGAAUAUUUGAUGGUUCUCUACCAUAUUGUUUCUUCCUCGACGGUUUGCCUCAUGGGACACGAACGAAAACAAACCCUUCGUCUAAUAGACUUCUUGGCCAAGCAGCACUGCUUCUUGAGCUAUGGUCCUGUGGUGUAUUAUAGCAACAAGACGUACUCUGUCGCUCCGACAGCCGGUUAUAUGCCAUUCAACGACACGCUCAAUCGCCCGCCUUACAUGUAUAACAAUCUAGUUCCUUGUUUUUAGUGCUGGCAAGAUCGAAGAGGCACUGAAUUUCAGCCAACUAUUAGAAGACUGUCAUCAGGGUUCAACAUAUGUUUGACCGGAUAAUGGUCAUUUACGUAGUAAUCGUAUUUUUAUAUCGAAGGACUUGGUUUUUUCAUUUGAAACUAUAAAAUAUAUAUAUGUAUAAAAAAAUGUAACUUCGUUGCAACAUUAGAGGAGACCGUGUUAUAUGUUUAUAAUUGUAAUAUAAAAAUCAGAGAGAGAUGAUAUUAGUUUUGCUGCGUGAAGAAAACAGACUUAAAGAAAUCGAAAAAUAUUCUCCUCGUUCGAGAUGUUGGCCAAAAUGUGUUAUUUCGCAAUUCAAGGUUAUGCCGCAUUGAAAUAGCGGUAUAAAAUAAAAUAUAUCACUGUUUGUUGCGGUGAAAAACAGUAACAAAAAACAAACAGAGAGAUUGUAGACUUAAUGUUGUACUCUUACUAUAAACUUCGCUGCAAGAUGUUCUGUUGAAAAAUAUAUGUUGAAAUAUAUUUUUACUGGAGGGUCUCGUCGUUUCUGAGUUUGCUUCCGUUUGACUGACCUAUUGAUUCACAAAAAUUUCGAAAUUUGAUCUCUUUAUUGCUUGUUUCCUUGAGAAAUAUUUGAUUUCCCUGGAUUUAUCGUAGCACUGUUUCCAGCUUGCCGUAGCGGACGGGUAAAUGGUUGUCAUGAAAUUGGCGCUGUUGUUCAAAAAUUUGCCUUCAUUCCGGAGUCGACGGACAGUUUGAUGGUCUUUAACUCUGUCAGCCAAUCAGAGAACGGUCAUUUGUUCUUUUGACCAAUCAGAGCUCAUAUACAUUUCAUGACUUGAAUUGCAAAGAAAAUAUUUACAAUUGAGAAAAUUGAAGGGAUUUAUUUCUGUUCCAAUUUUGACUUUCAAUAAAAUUAAUGGAAAAGACUAAACAUUGAUCGUAAAAAGUGGAAAAAAACAGUUUUAAUUUGAGACGAACGGCUCAGGAACUCAUUUCUAAUUGGAGGAGUUACAGUACCCGUAGCAACUUAUGAGGUUGGGGAUCAGGAGAAGGAGAAUUUUUAGAAACAUUAUAUUGGGAAUCCUUUGAAAACUAAAUUCGUCAUGUGUUAAACUUCCUUUUUUUUCUCUGCCCGGAUUUUAUUUCUAUUGACUCAAAAACAAAUGAUAACAACAAAAUCCAAAGUACAGUAGAACUGGUGAUGAUUUUGGACAGUGUUGUUCCCUAAAACGUCAAUCAUUUGUUUUGUUGAUUUCGUGUUUUGGUUUGCCUUGCGUGGGUGGGACAACGGCUCUGUUCCCUCGGUUGCUGCAAAAAUACACUUAAACAGCCUAAGGACUGUCUUCUCUCGUGUAACAGGGAUAUAUCUAGAAAUCUAACAAGUGUAGUCCGCAAUAAAAAUUCUGGGGAAAACGGCGGCAUAGAAAAAUUCCCUGUAGAUUUAUUGUAGCCUGAUGGGUACCUUUGUGAUAAAGUAUAAUUUAUAGAAAAAUUCCUGGCUCUCGGAAAUAGCUCCUAGCAACUUCAAGAAGUUCUUCAAGAGGCAAGGAAUUGGAUGGCAAUAUAAAUUUUGCUAACAAUAGAAGACUAAUAGGGUUCUGCUAUAACUGGCCUUUGGGGAAUCUAUUUUAAUGUUUUGUUAUUCUCCCUUAAAAUCUUUUUCAGUUAAAAGAGCCUUAAAUUGUAGUCGUUUAGACCUGGGAAUUGAGAUGGACAGGCAGUUCGCUACCGGCAACUACAUUAGUUUUUAAUGCCUUUCAAAAUCAACCCAUGGGUUUCUCGAGAUUUUGUACGUGCGCAAAAUGAACAACAACAUUCUUAAAAUUUUUCUCUUCAAGUGCUUCGACUUGAAGUUUUGGAGAUCCCCAUGUGGUUAAACACAGCAUCUAUUUGGGCUUCAUGGUUUGUAAAUAUCGAUCGUUUUGUUAACCUCAAACGAAAAAAAUAGAUACUGAAUACACACAUGCAUAUAAUGCGAUGUGUGGCCUCGAAGCGUCUUGUUCACCAAACAAUAUGAUGGAUUGUUUUUGAACAUCAAUGCACACUGGUAGAGGGAGUGGAAGUAGACUUACAAUACGAUGCAAUACAAUACGAUAUCAGUUCCGGGGUCUCGGUGUUGAUUUGUGACAUUUAUGUGAAGUGAACAGGGAACUCGAUAUUUUGUCUAAUUCGUCUAUUUCGUCUAAUUUUUGCCGCUCGGGAUUCCAUGAACGGGGAUUUUCUUCGGUUAUCAAUGUACAUUCUUAGUACGUUAUACGAAAGAUUUUCAUGGCCUGUAGACAUCCGUUUUUGGCCAAAACUGGAAGAUAAAAAAACAAAGAAAAACAUGCGUUAUCAGAUUUUUCCGCAUUACUGGGGAAGCCGAUGUAUGCUAGCCCCAGUCUCAGACCCCAAGAUAGUCAUGAGUACAUGGUAGUAAUGUGCACGAUCAUGAAGAAGAACCGAUUCGAAAAACGAGCGGCUUGUUUUUGCUUGGCUUGUUUUCGCGUCCUACUAUCUGAAAGCCUUGCAGAGGCUAAAUUUACGCGGCGUCGUCAAUUUUCUCCGUUGCUGACCCGGAUUAGUGUGGACAGCCUUUUCCCCGGGGGGGGCUCCCAGUGUAAAAGUGACGGGGAUGCUCGCCGUCUCGCGUUUGGGUGUAAUUUGUAGAUUUUGGUCUCACUUAGGGUGUUUGUGAAGGAAAGUUACUAUAGUUGCCCAUUCAGGUAUCGCUUAGUACUGUGCAUAAAGAAAUUUACAAACAAAAAAUGCCCUGACACUGACCACACAGAAAUCUCCCUUAGGGGCCGAGUUUAAGCUUGAGCCACACCCACAUUGGUCUCCCUUAGGGAGGUUUAAUUUGAAUUUUCCGACGACUAUCCACUCGUCACUUUUCAAGUAUGGGAGUACCCCUCGGGCUGCUUUCAUCAAUAUAUAUUAUGUACGACAUAUUUACCAUAUGCUGCCGUAGCUCACCACGAUCGCUCGGCGCCAUUGCGGUGAAAAGAGCACUUUUUUUAUAGACCACCAUGAUUAGGCGCUUUUAUUUUUAAAAUGAGUCUUCGGCCAGUAUCAUGAUUGUGGUAAAAAGUCUGAUCUCCUGAGUCUGAUCAAUCGGUGAGUUUUCAUACAAGCCGGUACAGUCACUAACCGUAUUCCAAUUUUAAAAGUUUAUUUCUCGAAUUUCACAAGGCUUCCCUUGUUUGACCACCGGCCGAAGUAGUGAGAGUUAAGAAGAUGAUAAUAAGAAAUAUUUUAAAACUGGCUUCUUCGCGUGGCUAUACACUGAUCGAGGAUUUGAUCAAAGGGUCGUGAAAUUAUUAAUUCAGCCUUUUAAAAAAUUUUAAGGUCACUACGUACGUAAGGCGUUGAAAGUCACUCCUUGGAAUAACAAACGACAUUUACUAGUCUAAAGCUAAGGUGUAUUACUCGAGGAUACGGCGGGCAGGGUCAUUUGAAGAUAUCUGAUCUCCGAUCGGUUGAAUGGGGAAGGUUCUAAGGGCCUAAAGUGUUGUUCUACCUUACGGCUCUCUGUGAUAUUCUGCCUUAAAAAUACAGCCAACAUGAGAUGGCGGAACCUUUAUCUCGCGUGCAGCUAAUUAAAUUUCCGCUGGCACUCAAGUUUAGCUCUAAAUCUUACACCUGAGUGCACACGAAGAUAUUUUAGACUGCAAAACAAUCCGCUUUUUUGUCAGUCAGGAACGGGCGAAUACCCAAACAAAAGAUCUGAAGCGAGAGUGACAACGAAGUCUAAGUUUAUUUGCACGUGAUAAUUAGGAAGGGUAGGGAAAUAAAAAAUAAAGUAAAGAUAGAAAUAUAUAAGUAAAUAAACGGUUACCUUUCAUUAUUGAAGUCCCGUGAACAGAUAUUGUGCAAAAAUAAUUUUCAGCUCGGAUGUUACAUGAAUUUUUGUUACGAUGCAUGAGUGAUCGACAAUUUGCGUACACUGAGCACCUAGACAGGAAUAGUUUGUAACACAAUUUAGCUUAGUGUAGUGUGUAACACAAUUUUCCUCAAAGCAUUGUGAUAACUCUCUAUGAUGAACAAUAAUAUUCAUUUACGACCGGAAAAAAAUAUCGAUCCCUUCUAUUACGCGCACCUCAAACCACGUAAUAACAAUUUCCUCAGUUUAUUGAGUGUCAUUGAAUGAGUGCAAUUUUUCGUAAUUGUCAGAAACAAUUAGAUUAACGUAUCAUUUUCAGUGGCAUAAUUAAAUUUACAGCCGGCUCCUGAAUUUACCCACUCCUAACCAGUGUAUUCAAAAUAAAUUUCUCUCAUUAGUUUUUCAAUUCAUGGCAAAUUGAAAUGUACUUUUACGCUUUAAUUAUGAGGGAAGUUUGAGCUUCACGCCUCGGUUUGUGACGUCACUCACUCGCUUCAUCGCGCGGCAGCUGGUCUUCGUGGGAGUGUAACCUCACAGCAAAUAUUAAUAAUUAGUUUUUUAUUCUUUUCUUUCAUUGAAUUGUUUCUAUUAUUAUUUCUUGUAUUUAUGGGGUAACUGUGUUUGUUGAACCAGUUGAGGUUGGUUUGUUGCAUUGUCUGAUUUUCAAAUCAUUUGUUUGCAAACUGACCGUGACUUUCGCGCGCGCUGACUAAUUAUCGCUAGUUUUAUACGGCUUUGGCAAAAACGUACUGGUCAAAAAUCUAAAACAAAAACCUUGCCAACUAAAAACUAGUAUGCUGUACACAUGAUCAUACAGCUGGUUAUACAAAGGGAGGGGGCGGCUGUACCCCCCCCCCCCCCCCCCCCCGAAAAAAACGUGAACGCCAAAAAAGGAAGGAGCAAGUUAUGAUGAUAGCAAAAAUCAAAAUCUAAGGCGUAACAGUUGUGAUAAUACGAGCACGAUCCUCGAACCGGAAAGCCGCAAAGUUAAAGAUAAAUGAGAACUUCCCGCCCAGCUUCCGGAUUGAAACUUCCGGGUUUGGCUUGUAUUAGUGCCAAUCUCUCUCGGUUAAAAGUGGAGAGACUUGACUGAGACCCAGAGUCAAUUUCAAUAUGGCGGCGGCUGCUCGAAGCCUGAGAAACCUUCUAAGCGCAAGGAAUUAUCAGUUGGCGGGAACAUUGAAACCAAGAGCGACACUACAAAGGUGUUGCAGAGUGUAUGCCUCUACAUUCUCAUUUGUACCGGAUUCACCUUCGCCUCUCCUUGGUUAGUUGAACAAUUACAAAAAUCGCCUUGCAUAGACAAGCUUAAUUUGGUACAUAAUUCAUAAAGCUGACUCCGAUUUCAGUGAGGCUGUGCAUUAAAAGUUAAUCUAUUCAAAUUAAAAGAUAGUUCAAAUAAGAACAAUAAGACAAUAAUGCAAAUAAUUAACAUUGUGUUAUACAUCGUAAUCACUGUCUGUCUUCUCUUUGGCUAAGAGCCUACGUCUAAUUUCGGAAAUCAUCGGAACCUGCAGAUUAGUUAGUUUACUGCUAGCAGAUUAGCUACGUUUCUCUAGGUUACACACCCAAUGCAUGAUUUCCAAGAGCAAUGUCAAACUGUGUUCCAUACGAUGCUGUGUUUGUCCUUAUUUUCUUCAAAACAAUGUAUAAUAAAACAAUCAUUAAAUUCGGUUUUUUGUGAUAUCUGUAAUAAUGAAGGCCUUGGUAAGUGUUACCAGCCUCAGCCUUCGGCUCAGCUGAUAGCACUUAUAUACCUGCCAACUCUCACGCCUGCGGGUUGAAAACUUCGAUCUCAUGCCGGCUCACGCCUGCAGGCCAGUUUCUCACACCUGAUUGAAAAAUGUGAGUUGUUGCCCUUCCAAAAAUAUGUUAACUCAGACCCAUGUAAGGAACGAAAACCAUGUGUAAAUGAAUAAAUAACAAUACCUUCCUCGUGAUCUGUGAUUUUGUGGAUAAGCGUUUUCUCAGUAACUUCGCCUUCGGCAGACUUCGGACGUCUUCGGCAGACUUCGGACGUCUUCGAAAGACUUCGGACUUCUUCGGAAGUCUUCGGACUUCUUCGGGAAUCUUCGGAAAUGAUUGUGUCGUCUGCAAAAAUCCCAGAACUGCCAGGAUAAAAAUCUCACGCUUAUAUCUCAGAAAAAGUUGGCAGGUAUACACUUACCUCGUCCUUGAUUAUUCUGGAUGUCACAGAAACUUCAUCCAAUAAUAAUUGUUUGUAAGCUCAUCAGGCUAUUGCAUUUAAUAAAUCUUGCAUUUAAUUUUCUCUUGGUAUAGCGCUGGCCCUAAGCCUAAUUUUGUUAGCGGAAAUAUUGUCCUAUAAUAAAUCAGCCCUUUGCCGUAGUGCCAGCCUUGCAUUCAGUUUUGUUUUAUUUAAUAACUGUAUGCGCACCUCCCGGUGCAGGUUGAGGACAGGUGGAAUUCCUCAGGAGAAGGCCAGGAUCCUUGUAUUUUUUCUAUUAUUACUAAGAAGAAACCUCUUUACAAGCUAACCAAAAACCUGCAAUAACUCACUUUUUAUACAGACAGUAUUUUCUAAACUUACAAUUUUAAAUACACUGUCCUUGUUGUUGUUUAAUAUUAUCAUCAUCAUCAUUGCCAUUGUCAUUUUAUCAUAAUCAUCAUUAUUAUUGUGAUUUUAUAUGUCAAGUUUGAAUUUUUGGCUCUGCCUUAUUAUUGUUAAAUGAUGAUGUUUUUUUGUGGCAAGAAUUGCCUGUCUAUUAUUCAUUCAUUUGUACUUUUUCUCAUUUUUUCAUCUUUUUUUUUUAUCAAAAAAUUUAGGGCAUUUAUUGACUUGAUCAGAGUAAUGUAGGAAGAAGAACUUUUGUUUUCAGGAUGAUUUAUUAAACCAGCACAGUUUUGAUGAUAGGCAUGCAUUUUCCCGGGGGAAACGAUUUAUUUCUCAAGAAAAAUAAUACAAUAACCACUUACACCAACAGCAGUUUGUGCCAACUGUCAGUGCUUGCAUGUGUAAUUUAAGCAAAGUUAGUUGAAGUUUUUAGGCAAUAAAAAUGGACCAGCAAAAGGUUAGUUUGUUGAAUUUUGGAAAAAUUAUUUUUUGACUGUGGCCUACAACCAAAAGUUUUGCAUUUUUGUUUCAAAAGCACAGAAUGAGCAGGGAAUUUUGUUGGCCGUUUGACUGCGUCUUUGUGUGAGGAUGCAUUUUGAAAGUGCAAAUUUUGUUUCAUCACAAAAGAAAGCAGGACAAUGUGUGUACUUCAUGAAAGAAUGUGGUGUGUUCCAUGAUGAAUUUGAUCCUCGCUCUAGAGAUAAGUCAAGUGACAAUUAGUUCAUUUUAUUUCUUGACUCAAAACUUUGGUCUUGAAACUCAAGACCUGAUUCUCAAGGCGAGAUUCUGUUCUCGAAAGUUUAUUUUGAGAAUUAAGAGUCAAGUCUUGAGGAUUAAGAUGGGAGUGACUGUCAAUUUUCUUUUUAAAAUGUUCACAAGGCCUCAUCAGCUUUUACCAAACAUGAUCAUCUAGCUUCCAGAAGGUGAACCAAUGCAACCUAUGUUUGACAAGAAGACAUAAAGAUAUUUUUUUAACAAUAAAAUCAAACUAGCUCAGUCAACUCAGGUGAUGCUCAAUUUAUUGAUGAGGCAGUUAAAUACUCUAGAUUUAUAGCGUAGUAUACGAACGUCUUAUAUAAUAGUUUCAAAACUCUCUUCUUUUAGGAGAAACACAAAAGAUGAACUUGUGUCAGUCACUGACCAGUGCUAUGGAUCUUAUUCUUGAAUCUGAUUCAUCUGCAGGUAAUUUGCAUUCAUCUGUUACACAUCAUAUUAUAGAUAAUUAACAAGUAGGUGACCUAUAAUAAUCAUGAUCUGCUGGGUUUAGUGUAGUCCUGAAUAGCACUGUUGUUGACAGUAACUGACAUUUCGAAAAUCCGUGCGGUAAUCAUCUUCAGAGUCAAAGUGAGUUGUAUCAUAUCAGUUGAUUGUAUAAAACUCUGGUUAUUGACCUGGAUCUUAUUCUUGAAUCUGAUUCAUCUGCAGGUAAUUUGCAUUAAUCUAUGUUACAGGCUUUCUUAAUAAAGUAACCAACAGUUUUUUUAAAAAUUGCACUGUCGAUCUUUUGAGGAUUAUUAAUUUUAAUGCAAACGUCUGAAUCAACUUUUAAAAGCUAUAUUUCAAAGCAAUUUUUUUUACUAAUUAGUCUUGCUUGCGUAAGCAGCAAGACUUAUAAAUUGCAAAGCGUUUUUUGCCAUAUUUAGGACACAAAAAGGGGGUCAUUGUGCAAGGCUUUCCUAGCGAAGACCGUGGAAACUGGGACUUAAGAAUCUUUGCGUGAUCAAAGCCAUGCAUGUUUUGCAAAGAAAGCUUAGGAAAGCUUAAAUUUAGAACUUUUCCAAAAUGUGUCGGUCCACGAAUUCUAUCACUUAAAAGCGUUGAUUACUUUGGAACAAGUGAACACUACUGAGUAGUUGAAAAAAAAAUAGGAAUCUUAAUUAGCAAAACUGCGAUGGUCUGGUUUUGUAAACUUUCAUGGUAUGCAAAUGGGUCUUGUGACAAGCAUGCAGUUUAUUUUCGGCGAUGAUUGAAAUGACGUGCCAUCUAAAUUACUUUUUUGAUCUCUGACAAUUAUGUGAUUUUUCUGGAAUUGGGGCCCUUGAAUUUUCGUUUAUUAGACACGUGUAUAACCUGCGACCGCAGACGUAUUUUUGGUUGUCGCCAAAACACACGUACUAAAUCAAUUCAGAAACAAAUGUAAAGAAUCGAUGUUGAUAAAGGAGGAAGUAAAAAACUUUUAGAGAGUAAAUCCUGUUAGGUGUAGAAUUAAUUGCCUCCUCAUUUCUUGAUCUAAUCUCCAAGCAAGCGAGACUGAAUGCCGUUCUAGUUUGAUUUGUUCUAGUCUUUUGGAAGCCAAAGCCUUAAAAAGACGUGUAGGGGUUUUCUCAGUUUUGAUUGCUAUCAAAAGUUACAGAACAAAUUGGAAAUAGUCCUUCCCUUUUGUCCUUCAGGAACGCCGUGUCGAGUCACGACUUUCAUGUGAAAGAAAAACGUUCCCGAUUAUUCAUCCACUGAAUAUGGAAAUUCCUGCAAAAACACCGUAGGGCUGUCAAUCAAAAGACUAACUUUUACUUCCAGUGUAAAAAAACACCAUUUCUCCGCCAUUAUUGACUCUCUUUCAAAAUUUCUUUCUUUAUCAUAAAGAUCACACUACUACUAUUACUUUGAGCCAAAAAUCAAAAUUUUAACAAGAUUUUUCAUCUAAAGGUAUCUGGUGUUAACAAAAAUGGUAUUUUCCCCUUCUAGUGAUAUUCGGAGAGGAUGUUGCCUUUGGUGGAGUAUUUAGAUGUACUGUUGGAUUAAAAGACAAGUAUGGUUAGUAUAACUAAUCAGUUAGUGCGCAGCUCUUUGAAAACCUCAGAUUUCAUUGGUUUCUCAUAACAUGCAGCUCCGUUAAUUGUUUUAGGGAUAGAGUCAUUGUUUAAUAUAUUUCUAUGUCUAAUGUUUUCACAGCCAAUACUGUGAGGCCUUGUAAAGAGUUGCAUGGCACCGCUAACUAAUCAGCUAAUGACAUAUACACUCAACUAUAUUAAUUAUUGCAGACCACAAGUUAAGCCUCUUUUUUGCUUUUUAGCGAUAGUCUGUAAAAGUGGGAUAUGAGAAGAAUGUGGUGUCCAGCACGUUGGCGCCACAGAGUUUGACUUUCAUAAGACAGUGGCUUUAAAGGAUUAAAUACCUUUGUUGUUUGUAUCGACUUUGGUUUGUGUUGCCUCAUUGUUGUUAUCUAAGCAAAGAACUGAAUCAGUGUCUUUGUUUUUCAUUUGUCUUCAUACCGUUUCUAGGUAGCCUUCUGUAGUGUUAUAAACUGUACUUGUUCUUUGUUGUUUUUCUCAGUCAUCCAUUUCCUUUAUCACAACUAUGAUAUUCCUCCCCAAAGCCACAUUAAGUUCUAAAAUUGUAUUUUUAAAUGGAAUUUUUAAAAGCACUUUUUUUGAGAUUGACUGGAAGAGUAACAAAAACGUGUUGAGAAAUCUCUCCUAAUAGUUUAUUAUUAAAUUUAUUAUUUAUUAUUAAGGCAAUUUUCUACACAUGUACAUAUCACCUAAAAUCAAUUCUGAUUAUAGUUAAAAAACUUGUAUGAUGCAGAGUUAAAUUCUGCAAAACUAUGAAGUAUUUGCAGUAAUUUAGAUUCCUCUUAUACUGUGAACUUACAGCAAAUUAUGGCAUUUUUAUGUCAAUAUUUGUGACGUCAUUUCACUGCUAAAAUGACAUAUUUUUAUUCUCUAGUAACAAGUUUAUCCAUAAUAAGCAUGAAAUAUUGAUUAAGAUAACCAAAAAAUGUCUCUGGAUAUGUUUUUGACCUUUGUUUUUCAGAUUCUUGCCCUGUCUAUUACCAAUGGACAUCACAAUCAAUCUCCCUCAAUGAAAGUUCUAUAUAACAAAUACUCCAUUCUUCAUUAAUUACCCUUAUAAUGUUGUUUUACGUUACUGUAGGUAAAGACAGAGUGUUUAAUACACCAACAACUGAACAAGGAAUUGUUGGUUUUGGUAUUGGGAUGGCAGCAGCCGGUGCUACGGCGAUCAAGGUGAUCAAGUAAGUUAAAUUACAUCAAUAUUUUUUCCUGAGUAUUUUAACUACAGUCAAACCUCCGUAUGUGACCACCUAUUGUAGCAUUAAUCCAAACAUUGAGUGUUUCUCAGUCAAAGCCCUACUGUUGGAACCUGUUGCAAACAACCACCUAAUACUUUUGGGGGUUGAUAGUCUUAUCAUUUUCUGUAGUCUUAAACCUCUUGUAAACGACCACUCCUUGGUGCAAUAUGGUCUGAUCUCUUCAUUCGCUGUGAGUACUCUAAUAUGCUACUCGCAUACAAGAAGCUUUUAGCAAUAACAUGGAACUAUAUAUAUACACAUAUCAUAACUUAGAACUUUCAUGAAAUUUAGCUUAAAUUUAUUAUGUCCCAUAAAGUAGAUGAGUCUGGACCUCUUCUCAGAAGAAACCCCCCGUGGUUCAAUUCUUAAAAGCAAUCACCUCCUAUAAGCGACCACCAACUCUCCCCAUCUGGGAGUGGGUGGUCACAAAGUAACAGGAUUCAUACAGGUCUUGGAAAACCUGGAAAGUCAUGGAAUUUAAGGAUUUCAUUUUCCAGGCCUGAAAAGUCAUGGAAUUUUGUUUUCGGUCAUCGAAAGUCAUGGCAAAUUAAAGUUUUGUUUGAUAGAUCAGUUUAUGAUAAGGCAAGGACAAUGUAAGAUACAGUAAUAUAGAGAGGAGUAAUUAAACAGUGCUAACGGCAUGCAUUUUGGUGGACACCAGAGUUUGUGUCUGUUGAACUGUUUAAAGUCAAAAAAUACCCUAAAACAAGGAAAGUUUUGAAAAUUUUUGAAAGUGACAGCUAAACCUAUAAUUAUGGAAAACUUGAAAAGGUCAUGGAAAAAGCCACGGAAUUUGAAGCGCUCAAACGAGUACGAACCCUGAGUGAGGUUUGACUGUGUAAUUCAAAUAUGCAGUUUCAUUUAACUUGAUGCCAAAAUAGAAUAUCACUACUAUAAAUGACUGAUUAAGCGCCGCUACUUGAAUGAGCCCCGUCCUCGAAUAAGCACUGCACCUUUAUGGAAAAAAGUUAAUAAACAUUGCUCUUGAGUAAGCGCCGCGGCAGGUAUUUACAAAUUAAUGCCCAACCUUUGUUACGGCACUUGAUAUAAAGAGAUAUCAACACCAUGUUGCUUGAGAAAUAAGACCUUGACCAACUCGUGAGUUCUUAAGUUUCAAUCUAGGGAAACUCUUGAAACUGGGUUCAUGUGACAGUUUGAGGUGUACAUAUUUUAUAUUAAAUUGUGCAUACCUAGUACGCACCUCACUUAAUUCUCUCCAUAUUCCGGGAAUCCCCUCAGUGUUUUGUCUGUAGUUGAAAUAAGUGCCGCUGUCAAAUAAGUGCCGCUCUCGUAUAAGCGCCGCACCUAUAACAGGGAAAAUGAAGUAAGCGCCAGGGUGCUUAAUCGAUCAUUUACGGUGCUCUUUGUGUUUUUUUCUGUAGUGCCAAUAAGGUGAACUGUUUCCUUUGGUCAAACAUUUCCUUUAUUCUAAAGACCUUUAUAAUUUUAUUCUAAUUUAGCAGGCUUUACAGGCGACUCCCAAUAUUACCUUCAAGGGAAAUCAAAAAGGUUCGAUUUAUCGGAAGUUUGGUUCAAAUAACCAAAAAUAAGGAAAUGGGGUGGGAAGGAAUGCAAGUUCCAUACACACUUCACUUCAAGGGCAGCAAGAGAUAAUUUUGAUAUUUGGAAACAAAAAGACAAGACUCCUGUCACUGUUUGUACUUAAAGGGCUUCUUUUUUCUUGUUUUACUGUAGCUUGUAAAUGAAGCUGCAAAGUUUAGAUACCGUUCAGGAAAUCUUUUUAACUGUGGCAGCCUCACAGUGCGAGCUCCUUGUGGAGCCGUGGGACAUGGUGCACAUUAUCAUUCUCAGUCAGUGGAGAGCUUCUUUGCUCAUGUACCAGGACUAAAGGUACAAGUUUUUUUGUUCUCCUUGGUUUAGCUCUGUGUAGUUCAUUUUCACCCAUUUUCACAUCGGAAAUGCCAACUGAAGCUCUACUGGAUGGUCAACAAAAAUGGAAAAAUUUGGUGCAAAUAAUCUGGAACCCUUUCCCACCCCCUCCCCCAAUCACAUAUAGUUUAUUUGGCUUGUUUUAGUUACCUUGAAUAUGGCACAACAUUGUUCAGGGUGGAGGUGGGGAUUGGGGGAGAUUAGGCUUUAUUUAUGCCACCAACAUGUAAGUAAAUUAGUAAUAAAUUUAUUUCGAAAGCCAAAUGUGUGCCUAGUUUAGCUUGAAGUUGCAGUUAACGUGGCAUUUGUUCCAGAGGUCUGAUCUAAAUUCGUUUUUUUAUGUGUGAGGAUUGCUUUGUGUCAAGCAUUUUUGCAUGGAAUGAGAGUCGGAAGGUGUGCCUUUUGACUUAAUUUGUAUAGGUUUUCGUACUUGCAUGCAUGCACGUGUUUGCAUUUGUUAUGCUUUAAAUACAUAUUAACUAUUUCUGUAGUCCAUUUUGUGGUUUUGCAUGCUAAAUGAUGUUUUUUUUUUUCAUUUUUAGGUUGUCAUUCCCAGAGGGCCUAUUCAAGCCAAAGGACUUCUAAUUUCAUCUGUCAGAGACAAAAACCCAGUCAUCUUCUUGGAACCCAAGAUCCUGUACAGACAGGCAAUGGAAGAGGUGGCAGUUGCAGAGUAUGAGAUAUCACUCUCAGAGGCUGAAAUACUUGAGGAGGGUGAGUCUAGGCUUUGAUUUUGGUCGCAAUUUUUGCUUCAAGCAGAGAAUUGACCAUUUUGAAACUACUCAGAAUUGUGUAGGAUCACUGAUGAGCCAUAAACUUUAAAUUUAAAAAUUGCUUCCGAACAUGGUUGCCCGGGGGAGCAAGGAGUCGAGGGUACACAGGGAAGCAAGACGGUGAAGGGAGGCAAUGAUGGUCUAGGGGAGCAAGGAUGGAGCAGGAGAGGUAGGAUGGUGCAGUGGAGCAGGGAUGGAGUUGGGGAGCAGGGAUGGAGCUGGGGAGCAAGGAUUUUGCAGGGGAGCGAGGAUGGUGCUGUGGAGCAGGGAUGGAGCUGUGGAGCAAGGAUGGUGCAGGGAAGCAAGAAUGAUGCUGUUGUAAAAGCACUUGGCUGUCACCGAUGUGGCCCGGAUUCAACUCCCGGCAUCAAUGCCAUAAUGAUAUGUUGGUUGUCUUCUUUGUUGCAAGAGGUUUUUCUGCAGGUACUCCGGCUUUCCCGUUCUUCAAACACUAAAUUUGUACAUUCCAAUUGGACUAUCAUUAUUAGUAAAUCCCCCCUCCCAUCUAGAAAUGCCAAUAAAUAGUUACUUUAGCUUCAUGCUUUCCUUACAGGCUGAAACUUUCUAUGGAAUGUUCAUGGAAAUAAUCUAGAACUUGAUUGUCCCUUGUGGGACAGUAGUGGCAGAAGCCACACAAAGCCCAAAGCAAUAGUUCAACCCGGUUUCCUAAGGAUAAAGAACUGAGGAGCAUUACUGCGUCUCUAUGAACCCAUUAUCAGUUUACUUACAGUACUCCGUCUCCCCUCCAUAUAGGAUACAAGGACCCCACCAGUCCAACAAUUUAGGAUCACAUCUAAAGGACCCAAAAAGAAUUUAUACACCAAUUUCUGUUUGUUUAGCGCAUCUUUGAACAAAUGGUUGAAAAUUGAGAAAAGUGGGAUUGGUGCCCGGAUCCAAAAUAUGGGCUAAUAGCAUUCAGUCAAGCAGUUUACUUAAUUUCUGUUUGUUUAGCAAACAUCUUUUGAUUUUAAAAACAGCUACCGGAACAUUUUGGUUGAAAAUUAUAGGUUAAAGGGUCCCAGCGGCACAUCCCCACCCAGAAAUUCCUAAAGUGGGGGGAUUGGUGCAAUCAGUCUACACUGUGAGCAGUCUCUCCUUUGCUCGAAAAUCUGUGAGCAAAUGAGAGUUGGUGCAGUAUGUGAAUAUGCUAGUGGCAAAGGCGCAAGCAUUGAGUUGUGCGGGCGCCAGUACAAGCUAGACUACGAGUAGUCCCCCAUUUUUCCUCAGGGAUAUUAGAGCGAACGAAACGCGAGCGCGUUUCUCUCUCCCCGCCGCGUGUCGCGUUUUCUCGCGUGGGGUGAUUUUCACGCCCGCUCGCGUUUCACUCGCUCUACUAUCCCUGAGGAAAAAUGGGGGACUACUCGUAGUGUAGUACAAGCAAAUGGAGCUCUUUUUGCUCGUACUGGCGCCUGCACAAUUAGCUGUUUGCGGCUUCGCCACUCAAAUACUCACACUGCGACCAGACUCGCUCUCAUUCGUUCACAGAUUUUCCAACUAAAGAGGGACUGCUCGCAGUCUACAGUCAGCGGUGUAGACAAAAGGCUGAAAGAGGGUGGUGGUGUGGUUUAAUAAAUUUUCAAUUCAAAAUCAGAGCUAGCUGAAGUAGCCAAUGGGCCCUCAAAUAAACGCCAGCUAUGGAAUGCGUUCCCCCAAGUAAACGCUGCUCCCAAUCAGAGGAGUGCUGCGUUUAUUCGAGGAUUAUAAAAAAAAUCUCUGUACAACUUUGUAGUCUACACAGUUCAGAAAAUUGUGAUUCUAUCUCACCAAAAGCUAGAUAGGUAUUUAAUCGAAUAAACACAGUAAAACAAUACUUUGAAACAUUAAUGAAGUAAAAAAUGAACACAUUCUUCAAACUCAUCAUUAAACAGUAAUAUUUCCUAAAAAAAAAGGGAAAUAAAAUUUGAACCAACCAAGGAUAAAGUUUGAUCACAAUAUGUACACAGGGUACUAGUGGGAGAGGGAAAAAGUACACCUCUCUGGUCCGCUUCCUUGCCCCACCCUCUCUUUGACUCAUCCACCAGUACUCAAGUGAAUUCUAGUGCUCAUGUGUUGACGGGAGACAUAAUUUGACCGCGGGGUAUACAGCAGGGCUGUCACCAAGGGUCGUAGACUGGGGGCUUUCCCCCGGCUAUGAUAGGCAUGUCCCUAGUCUACUUUCACAGGAAUUAAAAGGAAAAUCGUACCACAUGUGUUACCAGAAGACAUGGACUGCAGGGUAUGCAGGGCUGUCACCAAAGGCCGGGGACCAGGGUUUUCUCCUGGCUACUUUCAUAGGAAUUCAAAGGAAUUAUAGUAGUACAGUCGUACCUCCGCUGACGGCCACCUCUCUACAAUGGCCACUUUCUUCUGUCCCCAAGUGGCCGUUGUCGAGGUGUUCAAUUGUACCAAAAGAACUCCAUAACUGCUUAGUUCCCCGCCUAAUAACUGCAUAAACCCGGCAACUAGAAAUCAUGGUAACAGCAAAGUGCUUGAGAUAAUUUUGAGACGUACUACAGAUCCUGAGUACAAGUCAUUCUUUGAAAAAUUUGAUUUCAGGUUCUAAUGUGACAGUUGUUGGAUGGGGAACUCAGGUGCAUGUUUUGCGUGAUGUCUGUAAGAUGGCAAAAGAUGAGCUUGGUGUCAGUUGUGAGCUGAUAGAUCUUCAAACAAUUCUUCCUUGGGAUGAAGAAACUGUCAUUAAGGUAUCUUAAAAUACGUAGCUUGAAUUUGUUUGCCCAACAGCACACACUUCCUUUGGUUGCUUCAAGGUCAUGUGACAUGUGACAAUAAAACUGUUUCCCACCCAAAAGUCUCUGAAAGAGCGAAACAACACAUUCUUUGAUGUGUGUGAGCAAUUACAAAUGUUAAAAACUGCUUACUGAGAUGUACUGUCAUAAGUUUCAACACGAAGUUUUUCUUUGUGGGCUGCUAUAACAAAUCUCUUAAUAACCAGUCCCUUGGGAAACUUGUUAAUUUUGUUUCCUUCAGCUACACCUCGGGAAACUUUGAGAUUCCCAUGGGAAUUGUCUUUAAGUGCCCAUUGUUGUUUGGAAUUUUAAAAGUGUUUGUCAUUGCGCCAGUAGUAUAAUCAAUGAGAUAACUAGAGUUGCAUUAUAUUAGUCAAUCUUAGUAUCAGUGCUUUCAUGAAAAAGGUGUCUAAAAGGAUCAAAUGGUUUUGUGUUUUAGUCUGUUCUAAAAACAGGAAGGCUUCUAAUAGCACACGAGGCUCCUUUAACUGGUGGAUUUGCUGCAGAAAUUGGCAGUACUGUACAGGUAAUCACUAGUGAACAUGUCACGUAAAUCUUAUUGGACAGUUUAGUGUGUAGAAUAUUUUUACGAGUCACACCGUAUUUUGGCGAGCCCGUAGGGUGAGUCAAAAUACAAGAGACGAGAAAGAUGAUUAAAAUAAACUCAUUAACCCUUUAAGCCCCAGUAUCUACAUACAAAUUCUCCAAACUGAUCACGGUACAUUUCGUUAAAGAAUGAGUUAAGAGAAUUUGAUAAAAGAUCAAGGCAUUUUUACUCAGGUGAUCAUUUUAUUAAUUCUCAUAACUUAUCUGUUGACAAUGUAUGGAUAUUGGUAGGAGAAAAUUGAUCUUGGUCACUAUUGGGACUUAAAGGGUUAAAUACGUAAAACGAGGAUGCGUGACAGACUAACGUGACUCCUUUGCAAGUCCAGUUUUGCGCACGCUUUAUGCAACGUUGUUGCUGAUUGGUCUAACUAGAUUACUCAGCAAAUCAAAUUUUCUCGGAUUUCUCGGGUUUUCUUCGGCGCUUCAGGGUGUUGUCUGUUAGACAUUUGCAAGGAAAACAGAGAUGGAAUGACAAAUUAUUGUGAGGCUUAUGCCUGGUAAAACCGACUGCAAGAAGGUAAACUGAGCCGAGAAAAUUGCGACGGAAAGCUAAAAAUAUCUCCUUCAAAUUCAAGGAGUUUCAAACAGCUACUAUACUCGUAAACAACGGACUUGAAACCUCACGGAGAAAAUAUGUACUCAAAUACACAUCGGGUACCCACGUUGUGAUUACACAUACAUUACCAUGUUCCUCCAGUGAUAUCAUAGGUGACGAAUUACUCCUAAUUUUGGCCCGAAAUUUCAGCGUUCAUUUGUAAUUUCACAUGUGAAAUUACAAAAUUGCCAUGGCAACCUUCCGUACGUCUCAGUGUCAAGAUGGCGACGAAGUUUUAAAAUGCCGUGAAUGAAGAUGUCAGGGCACAAAAAGACGCUUUAGAAAACCUGAACACACAAGAGAAUAUCAGGAAGGAUUCUAACAGGUAUUUUAUCGAAAUAGUCUGAAAAAUUCUGAACUUUAUAAGCCAAAUUUAAGGUCUAAACAUUUGAGAGAGUGGAGUUCUCGAUAGAUACGAUCCAGGAUAACAUGUCAAAAAUCCAAGAUUGCUAGCGUUAUUCGUCACCCAUGAUAUUAAUAGGUAAUCAAAUGGUAUACUCGUGAAAUUAGGGAAUAAUUUCACUUGCGUUUUGACCAAAUCCUUUUGGACAAAACGCGCGUGAAAUUAUUCCCUAAUUUCACUCGUCACCAUUUGAUUACACAUACUAAACAGAGGCAAGUGCUCCCCUGGUAUCGAUUGACUUUCUCGUGCUUCACGCUCGUUCCCGCGACGUCGUCGCUCAAAAAAGUGUGAACUUGUCCUAAGUCGAAAAAGUCUGGGACACGAGCCCAUAAUCCAGAGCGAGUAGCUAUUACACUAGGCUUAUGUCUCGACGUUUUCACGGACCGGUUUAUUUUUAGAUAUAUUUUAGUGCACUUCUUCCCUCGAAAAUGGAAACUCUCCUCCUUCUAUGAACGUAUUUGAAAUAAAACAACAUCAAAAUUGAAAACUAAACGUGAUUAAAAGGUCCAAAUUACCAUUUUUAGGACUAGGAAUUGUUUACUGGUUUGUGGGACUUAUGAAAUAUUAUAAAUUCGCGCCAAAGUCGUCCUAAAGGUAAACUUGGUUGGUGAAACGCCGUACGACUCCAUCGCGAGUACAUGGAAGUUGCUCACUCCAGGUUAUGGAUAAAUCCAACAAGAAUCGUUAUUAUUCUAAAGUGAAGGAUUCUUAUUAGUUCAGUUAUGUUAAGGCUAAUUAAAAAAGAUUUUCGAAUCUCAUAAAAAAAAGAUAACGUUUUUCUUUCUUGGGGAGAGUGUUAUUUUUUAAAUAGAAGAAGGUAAUUUAUCGUUGAAAAUUUACCCUCCUUUAACGAGAUUUUCCCUUUCCCAUCCUAACAACUGCUGUUUUCUCCAUAACUUACACUUUCUAAUUUUCAAUCAGAAGAGUGCUGCGUUUAUUCGAGGAUUAUAAAGAAAAUCUCUCUACAACUUUGUAGUCUACACUAUUCAGAAAAUUAUGAUUCUAUCUCACCAAAUGUCACAUAGGUAUUUUAGCGAAUAAAUACAGUAAAACAAUACUUUGAAGCAUUAAUGAAGUAAAAAAUCAACACAGUCUUCAGACCCAUCAUUAAACAGUAAUAUUUCCUUAAAAAAAGGGAAACAAAAUUUGAACCAACCAAGGAUAAAGUUUGAUCACAACAUGUACACAGGGUACUAGUGGGAGAGGGAAAGAGCAUACCUCUCUGUUCUUCCUCCUUGUCCCCCAGCCGUCACUUCCCCCCCCCCCCCUCUUUGACUCACCCAUCAGAACCCAACUGAAUUCUAGUGCUCAUGUAUUAACAGAAGACGUAAUUUGACCGCAGGGUAUUCAGCAGUGCUGUCACUAAGGGUCUUAGACUGGAGCUUUCCCCCGGCUACUAUAGGCAUGUCCCUAGUCUACUUUCACAGGAAUUGAAAGGAAAAUCGUACCGCAUGUGUUACCAGAAGACAUGGACUGCAGGGUAUGCAGGGCUGUCACCAAAGGCUGGGGAUCAGGGUUUUCUCCCGGCCACUUUCAUAGGAAUUCAAAGGAAUUAUAGUAGUACAGUCGUACCUCCGCUAACCGCCACCUCUCUACAAUGGCCACUUUCUUCUGUCCCCAUAAAGUGGCUGUUGUAGAGAAGAAGAGAGAGAACUGCUGUUUUCUCCAUAACUUACACUUUCUAAUUCUUGAUUUGUCGCAGGAACAUUGUUUCCUAAAUCUUGAAGCUCCCAUUCAACGUGUCUGUGGAUGGGACACAUCCUUCCCUCAUAUCUUUGAACCAUUUUAUCUGCCGGACAAGUGGAGAUGUUUUGAAGCUGUGAAGAAAAUUACCAACUAUUAA